AGGGUUGUCCUCCUCGGUUCCCCACCCCCCACCUCGGGUGAACAGGAAAGAGAAACUUGCAGAACUGGGGGAAGCGCUCGGCCAGGGCCGGCCCCGCCCUCCUGCGGCUGCAGCGAGUUGCAGUUUCGAUUUUUCCUCCAGUUGUAAGUUCCCAGGCAGCUCCGCCUCUCAGCCGCGGUUGAUUUCUUGGAAAAUCCCUCCCCUCCCCGCUUGGCGUGCCCGCCUCCUCCAGCCCAGCUUUAAAGGGAGUCGGGCAGCAGCCGGGUGGGGUGGAUCUCACCGGGCAACGAGGCCAGCAUGACCGCCGAGGAGCGGAGGAACCUGCAAGCCUUCAGCGACUAUGUCAAGAGGAUUCUGGACCCUACCCACAUCCUGAGCUACAUGAACUCCUGGCUUGGGGAGGAUGAAGUGCAGUAUAUUCAGGCUGAGAAAAACAACAAGGGUCCAAUGGAGGCUGCCUCACUUUUUCUCAAGUACCUGCUGCAGCUCAAGGAAGAAGGCUGGUUCCGUGGCUUUUUGGAUGCCCUAAACAAUGCAGGUUAUUCUGGGCUUUAUGAAGCCAUUGCAAAUUGGAAUUUCCAAAAAAUUGAAAAGUUGGAGGAAUACAGAGCACUUUUGAAACGUUUACAACCAGCAUUUAAAGACAGAAUUGAUCCAACAUGUAUCCUUCCUGAAAUGUCUGACUGUAUAAUUAGUCAGGAAUAUGAAGAAAUUAUGCAGGUUUGCUCCAAUAAGGGGAUAAUGGCAGGUGCAGAGAAAAUGGCUGAAUGCCUUCUCAGAUCAGACAAGGAAAACUGGCCCAAAACUUUAAAACUUGCUUUGGAUAAUGAUAACAACUCAUUCAGUGAACUUUGGAUGGUAGAGGAAGAUGCCAAAGAUGUUGAAGCUGAAGAUCUUGAGGAGGACGACAUGGGAACUUCCAGCAUACAUAUUGUCUACCAGGAAGAUCCACAGUUGGAGAAUCUCAGUCAGAAUUCAUGUACACCUGCAGAAGUAUCUCGCGCUAAAUUAUGCAGCCAACUGAAACCAAGAAAUUACCAGCUAGAGCUUGCUCUGCCUGCUAUGAAGGGAAAAAACACAAUAAUAUGUGCUCCUACUGGUUGUGGAAAAACCUUUGUUUCACUUCUUAUAUGUGAACAUCAUCUUAAAACAUUUCCACAAGGACAAAAAGGGAAGGUGGUGUUUUUUGCUAAUCACGUCCCUGUGUAUGAACAGCAGAAAUCUGUGUUCUCAGAGUAUUUUGAAAGACUUGGGUACAGUGUGGCAGGCAUUGCUGGAGCAACAGUUGAGAAUGUCCCCGUGCAACAAAUCGUGGAGAACAAUGACAUCAUUGUUUUAACGCCACAGAUCCUUGUGAACAAUCUUAAAGACGGAACUAUUCCAUCACUCUCUGUCUUCACUUUGAUGAUAUUUGAUGAAUGUCACAAUACUUGUAAACAACACCCAUACAAUAAGAUCAUGUUCUAUUAUCUGGAUCAGAAACUUGGAGGAUCUUCUGACCCACUGCCUCAGGUCGUUGGGAUGACUGCCUCUGUUGGUGUUGGGGAUGCCAAAAACACAGAUGAAGCCGUGGAAUAUAUCUGCAAACUCUGUGCUUCUCUUGAUGCAUCAGUAAUAGCAACGGUCAAAGAGAAUCUGGAAGAACUGCAAGAAAUUGUUUAUACGCCCCAGAAAAUUUCCAGGAGAGUAGAAUCACGGACUACCAAUGGAUUUAAACGCAUCAUAUCUCAGCUGAUGAGAGAGACAGAAAGUCUGGCAAAGGAUGUCUUUGAAGAACUGGAAAACUUAUCUCAAAUCCAGAACAGGGAAUUUGGAACACAGAAGUACGAACAGUGGAUUGUCGAAGUCCAUAAAGCGUGCAGGACGUUUCAGCUGCCAGACAAAGAUGAAGAGAGCAGGAUCUGUAAAGCGCUAUAUUUGUACACUUCCCAUUUGCGGAAGUACAACGAUGCCCUCAUUAUCAGUGAGCACGCACAAAUGAAAGAUGCCCUGAAUUACUUAAACAAUUUCUUCAAAGAUGUCCGAGCAGCAGGAUUUGAUGAGACUGAACAAGAUCUUACCCGGAGAUUUGAAGGAAAGGUGCAGGAACUAGAAACAGUUUCCAUGGAUCCCAGCAAUGAGAAUCCUAAACUCAAAGACCUGUACCUCAUUUUACAAGAGGAGUACCACGUCAAUCCGGAGACCAAAACCAUUCUGUUCGUGAAAACCAGAGCCCUUGUGGACGCUAUAAAGAAGUGGAUUGAGGAAAAUUCUAAACUCAGCUUUCUAAAGCCUGGCAUAUUGACUGGACGUGGCAAAACUAGUCAGACUACAGGAAUGACCCUUCCAGCACAGAAAUGUGUACUGGAUGCAUUCAGAAGCAAUGGAGACCACAAUAUUUUGAUUGCCACCUCAGUUGCUGAUGAAGGCAUUGACAUUGCUCAGUGCAAUCUGGUCAUCCUGUAUGAGUACGUGGGCAAUGUCAUCAAAAUGAUCCAGACCAGAGGCAGAGGAAGAGCAAAAGGGAGCAAGUGCCUGCUUUUGACUAGCAAUGCCGAUGUAAUUGAAAAAGAAAAUAUAAACAUGUACAAGGAGAAAAUGAUGAAUGAAUCCAUUUUAAGACUUCAGACAUGCGAUGAAGCAAAAUUUAAAAAAAAGCUUCUCUGUAUACAGACUGGUGAAAAAAUCAUCAGAGAUAAUCAACAAAACUUCAAACCUAAACUUGAUAAGCAAAAUAAGAAACUGCUGUGUGCAAAGUGCAAAGCCUUGGCAUGUUACACAUCUGAGAUAAGAAUGGUAAAGGAUUCCCAUUACACUGUGGUUGGAGAGACUUUUAAGAAGUGCUUUGUGACCAGACCACACCCCAGACCAAAGAGUUGUGGGGAUUUUGACAAGAUAGGGAAGAUAUUCUGUGCCAGACAAGACUGCAGCCAUGACUGGGGAAUCCGUGCAAAGGUCAAUGCUUUUGAGAUUCCAUUAAUCAAGAUUCAGAGUUUUGUGGUGGAAGACACUGUGACUGGAAAACAGAUGUGUCCCUCAAAGUGGAAGGACUUUAAUUUUGAGAAGAUACCAUUUAAUCCUGAAGAACUGUCUGAAUGACCUGAGGGCCUCAGACUUCAACUAUAGAGAAUAGGCAACUUUAAAGAAAUAAGUAUAAUUGGCCAUGGACUGCUGGUACUACUUGGAAGAUAUUUUACAUAAUGCUGACCUAAAUAUCACGUAAUUUCACUUACUGUUUAACAGAUUGAACUGUAUCAGAGUACUUACAGCUUAUGGAAAAUGGAAUUAAAAGAUGUUUGUUUUGGUGCAAAAAGUUUUGAAAUCUGCUUUCAAGGAAUGUUCAAAAAAUUCAUGGAUAAUGAGAACUAUACAUGGAUUUCAGGUUUUUUUCGGCAGCAAAGCAUCUUUUAAUUCCGUUUUUGCAAGAACGUUUUGUAAUAUCCUUGUACAUGAAAAAAUGUGAGUGAGUCACAGUAUGAAUACUUAAAAAAAAGAUAUUUAAUUUUUCCUAAUCUUCUUUAGAGCCACUUGCCAAUGAAGAGAGUACCCCACCAGUACACGCUGGGGUGGAUGAACGGAACGCUGAAAGGUUUUCCAUUCCACUUUCUUAACCUACAGUAAACUGGCUUUUACCUUGAUGUGUUGAAAUCAUUCUUGUCAAGGACUCCAGUGACUGUGGUUGGCAAAUCCAUUUGGUCACGUCUUGGUCCUACUUGAUGUCUUUGCUGUUUGUGGCCCGGGUGAGUGCCCACUUCUUAGAACUGUCCCCUGGCUUCUCUCUCAGAUCUUCCCCAGUCUUAUAAAAUCCCUUAAAUGUAGAUCACUCCAAGGGUUCAAUAUAUAUAACUAAAUACUAAAUAUAACUAAAUAAAUAUGUAUGUACAAGAGAUCUUAAACUUAA